AUGAGCAGGGCCAGAAAUUUCGGCAAUGUUCAUGGGCUGCCCGGCUUGCCCCAGGCCCGCGUACCCCUCGGACCGCCCCCCCGUCGCCCCGCCCCCACCCCCCCGCGAGUGCCCGCAGCCCCUGCCCGCUCCCUGCCCAUGCCCCAUCCCGAUCCCAUGGCAGGGCGCAGGAUCGACAUGCUGGAGCAGCGCCUCAACGCCACAGAACAGAGCAACAGAACACUCCUGGAUGAGCUCAUGCGCGUACAACAGGAGCUCAAGAUGAACGUGAAGAGGAACGAACUGAGUCUGGGUGAGGAGAAGGAGGCCGUGACGAGGCUGGACUCCGCCAUCAGACAGACACAUGGGAAGACCUUCGAAUUUGAGGAUAGGAUACGGAGGCUCGAGGAUGCUAUCAAGGAUACCCGGAGCGCCCAACAGCAGAUGAACUCCCACGUCAAGAGUAUCGAGAAGGCAGUGUCCUCCGCGCAACAGGACCAGAUGGAGAGGCGGAGCAACAGCGCGCAGAGAAUCCAGGAGUACAAACACGAGAUCAUGAGGGUGACGCAAAGCAAGGAGCAGCUGGAGCGCCUCUGCUUCUCGCUGCGGGACGAGCUGCGUGAGACGACGGCGAAGGUCGACAACGUGACGCAAGAGCUGACGUCCCUGGAGAACAACGUGAGGAUGCAGGGGCGGCUCAUUGAGGACAGCAGCAAGAGGAUGAUGCAGACGCCCAAGGUCCACGCCCCCCUUACCAUCACGCCGCUCCACAUUCCGGCCCCAGCGGCGGAUGACGGGAGGGUGUCCGAGACGGUGCGCCUGGCGAUGGAGGGGAAGCUAAUCCAAAUGAACACCACGAUUCAGGAUUUGACGCAGAGACUCAACUUGGAGGCGAAGAAGAGGGACAGGGUGGAGACGGAGGUGAACAUGAGGAUGAACGAACUCUUGCAGGACUACGGCAGCACCAAGGUGGAGAAGGACAAGGAGAUGAGGGAGUUCGACGAGAAGAUGAAGGAGCUGAGCGCAGGAUUGAGUGCUAGCGAGAAGCAAAGGAUACUCAUGGAAGUGUCCUCCGUGGCGAAGGACCUCUCCCGGAAGAUGGACGAGAAGGAUGCCAAACUACGCGACGACACCGUGAACAAGCUGACAGUGAUAGAGAGCACGCUGGUGAAGGAGAAUAAGCGGAGGGCGCAGGAGGAGAAGGCGCUGCAGGAGAAGGUGGAGGCGCAGCUGAAGGAGGCGAGGAUGUACGGGGAGCAUAAUGCAGACGCCCUCAAGAAGCAUGUGGAUCAACACGAGGAGCGAGUCGGGCAGCGCAUGACGGAGCUGGGUCGCGGCAUGGCCCAGCUGGAGGCGCAGAUGCGGGAUCACGUGAUGGAGCAGGAGAGGGUGCUGGCGGCGGAGAUCACGGACAGGCAGAACGGCAUGAAGGUGUUGGAUGCCAGGGUGUCCGACGUAGACGACCGGGCAAGGAUGGGUUUACUGGAGCUGCAGGGGGCGGUGGGCAUGGUGGACAAGAAGGCGAGCAAGACGAAGACUCAGACGCCGACUCAGCCACAGACCGACUACAGCGAGCUCCAGCGCAUGCAGACAGACAACGCGGAGGGGAUAAGGGAGCAAGUGGCGAAGGACAUGGCGAGGCUGGACCAUCGACUUAGUGACGUGGAGAGCCAGUUGAAACAGAACAAUGACCAAAUCGACCACAAGCUUCAGUCGGUCAAGAAGGAGGAUCAGGAGGCCAGCACCAUCAUGGGCGACAAGAUGCAGCAGAAGAUUGACUCCGUGGUCUUCAGUCACGAGCGGCUCAAGAAACAGGUGGACAAGUUGCAGACGGAAGUACAGGACACGCCCAAGAACCUCGCCAUCCUGAAGGAGGAGGUGAAGGAGGUGGACGGGCGGCUGACGCAGAAGGUGGACCAGGAGAGGAAGGAGAGGAUGGAUGACGUGAAGGACCUGAGAGGCGAAGUGGACCGUAUCGUGGGCAAGGACGAAGCGAAUGCGUCCACUGUGCCCAGCCUGGCGCAGUUGAACCAGGAAGUGGACGACACACAAACGGGGAUGAAGAAGCUGGCGGAGGCGGUACAUGUGGUCAAGUCAUCCUUGGCCGAACGAGUCAAGGACGAGAAGAAGCUGAGGGAGCAGGAGGACAGCAUCUUGAGGCGGGACGUGGAGAGGCUCAACACGAAAUACACGGAAAUGAGAGACAAGUUGAAGACGAUGACGGCGGUCGCGUGAAGCACUUGAGUCUCCCCUUCGUUUUAUCCACAUUUCUUUAUUCAUCUUUAUUAUUGUAUUUUUUUGGUUAUCUGCUUUAUUAUUACUAUUUUUACCAUCAGUUUUUGUUUUUUUUCUCUUGUUCUUAUUCCGCUGGUCUCGAAGUGUGUUUUAUGUUAGUUUCCCCUUUAUUUUGUUAACGGUGUAGAUUUAUUUGCUUGAUUAUUAUUUUUCAUCCUUAUUCAUUGUUAUUUAUCGUUUUUCUUCUCUUGUUUUAUCUAUUUCUGGUUCUUCUUCCUUACUUUUUCUUCCCCUUUUCGUAGUGGCCUAUUAUUUAUUAGCAUUAGUAGGUAUUAUCUUUCUAUAUAUUUUUUCUGUUCUUUGUCUCUGGUUCUUGUUCUUUUCUUCUCCUCUUCGUAUUAUCAUUGGUGUUGUUGUAACGUACUCUCCUAUUUUUCUUCAUAUAUGUUAUAGCAGUAUGGUAUCUACUUACGGUAUCUACGGUAUCUAUCAAUCUUUUAACAUUAUACUCCCUAUUUCCAUUGCAAACUAUUGUAAUGCCAGAGUUUAACAAGGACGGAAAUAUGUGUCGAAGGCAAAAAUAAAGUUUAAGUAGGAAUUAUAAGUACUAUAUAAGGGAGUUGCCCACCGUAACACUUAUAAUUACUUAAACUUGAUUUUUGCCCUCUACACAUAUAUCUCCGUCCUUACUAAAUCCUGGCAUUACACUAUGUACUACUACUACUACUACUACUACUACUACUACUACAACUACUAUCUCUAAGGGGCAAUAACUAGACUAAUAACAUAUGCAUUUAAUCACUGUAAGAGGUCUCAGUUAAUACCUAUAGAACAUGUAUUGAAAGACAACGAAGAAAUAUAUAUACGUAUGUACAUUAUAAACACAAAUAUAAAUAGUAAAGG